AUGUUCAGUCCUUCGGUGUACCUCUCGAUUGGUGAUGAGUACGAUAAACCCUCCGCGAUGCCAUCGAUUGGGGUGAAGAGCGGCGGAAGGAGUUUUGUCGUCCCAAUGAAACGUUCCCCGCACAUCACCGACGCCGUUUUUCAAAAGCCUUUUAUUUCCCUCGCCGUCGGUGAUGAGUACGUCGCUGUUCCACCGCACGGUACAUUUCGCCAGCCGCUGGAUAAAAAGAAGGCUGGAAUGACGGUGUUGGUUCCCUUUAAACCCCCGAGUCGUCCCCACAAAUCAAACGGCAGUGGGACGUACUACGGCACAUUUAACGAGGGCAAUCCGCCCAGGCACGAGGCAGAGUUGCCGCUGAUUGAUACCAAAAAAGCGGGUACCCCGGCAGCUGCCACAACCCCGGAAUGGCCCAAGCGAAGAAUAUACACAAAUCCUGGUAAAAAAGGUACCUACGGUUACGUGGGCCUGACAAUCGGCAAGGCAGGGGAGGUGCAGUACAUAGCGGACCCCAUCGCCCCAUAUACCAUGUCUACACGCUCAAGCAGUCCACGUUCGCAAAAACCAUUUAAAGCAGCCGUGAAAAGUGGCGGAUGCUUCGAUGAGAGUCCAAAUGGCUUCACUACAGUGUACAGCAUUAGCAGACCACUUCCCCCCAAGAAACCACCCAUGCCGCGUCCGCCACUCGAUGUUAAGCCAUGGAAGCCUGCUGGUGCUCUUUUGAGGGAAAUUAUUAAACCACCAGAAUACCAGGAAGAUCCGUAUGACUUGAAGGAAAAACGAAUCCGAGAGGAAAGACAAAAGGAGCAAAGCUAUAAGCCAUGGUGCCCCGCAGGCAAUGAUCCCUACCGCCACAUCUUUCACUACCCUGUGCGAUUUGAUCCCCCACCAUUGAACGAAUAG